UGGAUUAUUGUUAAGAUAGAAGGGAGAGAGCCUGAAGCGUUCAGAGGAUCUCACCAUUUUUAAUUAUAUUUUACUCACAUCACAAGCCUAUAAUUUCGCUUGAACUCUACAGGAAGGAAUACAGGUACUUCUAGUUCAGCAAUUCAUUCUAGGCAUGGCAUCUCGAACCUCCGAUCUCGCUAGCCAAGUCGAUCAAGCUCGUCUAUUUGAUACAGAAGCCCUCCUCCUCUACUGCUCUGCGCAUGUUCAUGGCUUCCCCCGUUCUCCAACUAAACUCUCCAUUUCUCAGUUUGGACAUGGUCAAUCGAACCCGACAUUUCUCAUGGAGGUUCAUUCCGGUGAUAAGGUGAUGAAGUAUGUAUUGAGAAAGAAACCUCCUGGUGAACUGCUUCAAUCUGCUCAUGCUGUUGAGAGAGAAUAUGAGGUCCUAAAUGCAUUAGGUACCCAUACACUGGUGCCAGUUCCUAAAGUCUUCUGUUUGUGUACGGAAUCAAGUGUGAUUGGAACACCAUUUUAUGUAAUGGAGUAUUUGGAAGGUCGUAUUUUCAUUGACCCUAAGCUUCCCGAUCUACCGCCUAAACAAAGGAAGGCAAUAUAUGGUGCAACUGCCCAGGCUUUAGCCUCAGUUCAUUCAGCCAAUGUUGAUGCUAUUGGUUUAUCAAGUUAUGGAAAGCAGAACGACUACUGCAAGAGACAGGUGGAGAGAUGGGCCAAACAGUAUCUCUUAUCCACUGGCAAGGGCAAGUCGGAGAGAAACCAUAAAAUGUUAGAACUAGCUGACUGGUUGCGGGAACACAUUCCUUUGGAAGAUUCUUCUGGGGGAACGGCAGGUCUUGUCCAUGGAGAUUUUCGAAUUGAUAAUCUUGUUUUCCAUCCCAUAGAGGACAAAGUCAUUGGGAUUCUCGACUGGGAACUUUCAACUCUGGGUAAUCAGAUGUGUGAUGUUGCUUACUGCUGCAUGAACUAUAUUGUCAAUAUUUCAAUGCUGCCUUUAGAAGAGAAUGAUGGGUUUGAACUUAAAACGAUUCCGGAAGGGAUUCCUUCUCUAUCCGAAUUCUUGGCAGACUACUGUUCAACUGCUGGUAAAGAGUGGCCUGUCACUAAGUGGAAGUUCUACAUGGCGUUUUCAUUGUUUCGUGGAGCAUCAAUAUAUUCAGGCGUUCAUAAUAGAUGGAUCAUGGGUAAUGCGUCAGGAGGUGAACGUGCCAGACUUGCUGGAGAGAUGUCUAAUUCUCUCAUUAAAGUUGCAUGGUCCUUUAUUAGAAGAGAACAUGUUCUACCACCACAUCCCCCAACUGGUACAAUUGGAUCCUUGGGGAAACAACAACGUGAUCAUGAAAGUCUGAAUCUAGUAUGCCCCAUGAGAGCUAGGUUUGUACCUAACAGAAAAGUUCAAGAUUUGAGAGACAGAUUGAUCAAGUUCAUGGAGCAUCACAUAUACCCAAGGGAACAUGAAUUCUACAAACUGGCUCAAUCUACCACGCGUUGGACAGUUCACCCAGACGAGGAGAAAUUAAAAGGACUGGCAAAAGCAGAAGGCCUUUGGAACUUGUUUAUACCUUAUGAUAGUGCAACUAGAGCACGAGAACUUAUCUUCGGAGAAAAAGGUGAUGCUCCACCAGACAGGGGAUAUGAUUGGUUGCUAGGUGCAGGGCUAUCCAAUCUGGAAUAUGGGUAUCUAUGUGAGUUAAUGGGUCGUUCUAUUUGGGCACCACAGAUCUUCAACUGCGGAGCACCUGAUACUGGAAAUAUGGAGGUAUUACUUCGAUAUGGGAAUGCAGAACAGAUGAAGGAAUGGCUUGUACCCUUGCUUGAAGGAAGCAUACGAUCAGGAUUUGCAAUGACAGAACCACAAGUAGCCUCUUCAGAUGCAACCAAUAUAGAGUGCUCCAUAAAAAGACUGGGGAAUUCGUAUAUCAUCAAUGGUAAGAAGUGGUGGACUAGUGGUGCUAUGGAUCUGAGGUGCAAACUUCUCAUUGUUAUGGGGAAAACUGAUCUAACUGCUCCAUUGCAUAAGCAGCAAUCCAUGAUUUUAGUAGAUAUUAACACCCCAGGUGUAAUGAUAAAGCGACCAUUAACAGUCUUUGGUUUUGAUGAUGCACCACAUGGUCAUGCAGAAGUCUGGUUUGAGAACGUACGUGUGUCAGACAAGAACAUUCUUCUUGGAGAGGGCCGUGGGUUUGAAAUCGCACAGGGUAGGUUGGGUCCCGGAAGGCUGCAUCAUUGCAUGAGGUUAAUAGGUGCAGCUGAACGUGGUAUGCAGAUGAUGGUUACGAGGGCUAUUGAAAGAAAAGUAUUUGGAAAACUUAUUGCUGAGCACGGUUCAUUCCGUACUGAUGUUGCGAGAUGCCGAAUAGAACUGGAGAAAACCAGGUUGCUAGUUCUGGAGGCUGCUGACCAGCUUGAUCGCCUAGGCAACAAGGACGCUCGUGGUACCAUUUCAAUGGCAAAGGUAGCAGCUCCGGAAAUGGCCCUGAAGGUACUUGAUAUGGCGAUGCAAGUGCAUGGAGCUGCUGGGUUGUCAGGAGACACCGUUCUCGCACAUCUUUGGGCUACAGCCCGGACGUUGAGAAUAGCUGAUGGUCCCGACGAAGUGCACUUAGGGACCAUUGCGAAGUUAGAGCUACGGAGAGCCAAGCUCUGAUCCAAAAUCUCACAGAUUGAGCAUUUGAGCUUACAACACUGGGAAUGGCAUCGUUCAAGAGGGGUUGGGGUAAACGAAACAUCAGCGCAUUUUAUUUCAAACUGGAGUGAUCUCAAUAUAUAUUAUAAUAAUUGAUUGAUUGCGUUAUUUAUAAGAAAUGUAACACACAAUUACAUGUUAAUGCGGUCAAGGCCCAAGGGCAUGUGCUACUGCCCCAAGUCCUAACAUGUGGGCAUAACGCCUUCUGAGAACACAUGAAAAAAGGAAAUUUCCCAAAACAUAAUAAACAAUAAAGUGGUUUCGCUGAAUGGGGCUAUAAUGUUUUUUGCUAAAUAGAUGAAAUCAUAUUGUGAUAUUAUGAUGUUAUCAAGUUUUAUUGCUAUUUAGGGCAAUUUCUAAA